UGAGCCGUGUUAAUAAACGUAUCUUUAAGAUGCGAGACAAUAACAAAAUAACAGCGACCAAGACGACGACGAUAAACAAGUGUAAAUUUUAAAUUAAUUCAUACUAAAAAAUAAAAACAACUUGGUCUUUAUUUACAACGCGGUUACUGUUUUAUUUUGGUUUUUGUUUUGAAAACAACGAGCGAUUUUAACGAGUUAUUUUUUAUUAUAAUUGUAACCAAAAAAAAUAAAUAAAUUUAAAAAGAUAAAUACGGAUACAAAAAAGUAUCUAACGAAUACGUAAUUAAGAAAAUCUAAGAAUAUAUAGAAUAUAAUUAACGAAUUUAAACAACAACAAACAAGUGUCAAAAUAUAUUUUGUAAUAAAAACAAAAAAAAUAAUAAAACAGAGGAAGUUUUUUAAGUCAUAAAACAAGAAAAAUUAUUUUAUAAAAUUCUAAAAAAGUAUCUAUUAGAUACAUACGCUCUUACUCAUUUAAAAGCGUAUUUAAAGAUUUUUUAUUGUAUAUUACUAACAACAACUUGGUGUUAGUGUUAAACAGCAACAACAAUUUGUAAACAACAAAAUAAGUUUUAAGUAACAAGAAAAAAAAAAUUGCUAUAAAUUAUUUUCUGCUCUUAUGACCUUGAUUCCAAAGUCUGGCUGAGAAACAGCACAAAAACUUAAAAUAAGAAAAAAUAACAAUAAAAAAAGAUACAAAAUAUUUAAAUACAUUUUGUUUUAUUUAAAAAAAAAGAAACACAACUAAUAUUAGAAAGAAAAAAAUAAUAAACAAGUUAGAUAAAAUAACGAUUGUUUGAGUCAACAAUUAAGGAAACCCAGUCCAGUCAUCAGUUAUCGUGUUAAAGAAAAAAUAAUAAUAAUUUUGAAAAAGAAAUCAAAAAGAAACAAACAACCCAAGUGAGACUUAAUUUAUGUGAAAUGAAAUCAUUUUGAAUUUCAAAAAUUUGUUUGAAUUUUUAACGUAAAUUUUUAAUAGAAGGCGUUUUUUUUGCUAACAACGACCUUCUCUUGCUCUCUUACUCACGACGAUCUUUAUUAGUCAAUUCUUCUACAAAGUGCCAUAUUAUUUUUAUUUUAUUGUUAAAGUAGAGAUUUUAUUAAAUGUAAUUAUAAUUAAUAAAUAAAUAACUUAUAAUUACAAAGAUAAAUCGUUUUAAAUUAAAAAAAAACAUCCGAACGCGUCUGCUUACAUUUUUAUGUUUGUCAUGCAAUUUGAGUGAAUUAUUUUUGUGUUUUUGUUAAAUAUUUUUUUGUUUUAAUGAAAAAAUCAUUAUAAAUUUUAUAAAAAAUGUUUGCUCCCCGUAAUUCGUCACCAGUUGCCAUGUAUGGCAAAGAGGAAGUAGCUGCUUAUGAGAUAAAACUUAAAAAAGUUUUAGGCCUCACAGUAUGCAGCAAUGCAGCAUUGGAUUGUUCGCCCAUUAGUGGCCUGUUGGCCUAUCCAGCUGGGUGCACAAUUGUUUUAUUCAAUGCCAAAAGACAGACACAGGCCUAUUUGGUCAAUACCUCCCGCAAAGCAUUCACAUCGGUAGCAUUUUCACGCUGCGGACGUUAUGUGGCCACGGGCGAAUGUGGCAUAAAUCCAGCCAUUAAAGUUUGGGAACUAGAAGCACCCAAUGGCAAUCUGGAACAAUGUACAGGCGGUAAUGUUAUAGCAGAAUUUGUUGAUCACAAAUAUGCCGUAACAUGCGUGGCCUUUUCACCCACUGGCAAAUAUUUGGUAUCAGUGGGCUCACAACAUGACAUGAUCGUAAAUGUAUUCGAUUGGAAAUCCAAUUUAAAAAUGGCCUCGAAUAAAAUUAGUUCUAAAGUGUCGGCGAUUAGUUUCGCCGAAGAUGGUAGUUAUUUUGUGACGGUGGGUAAUCGUCAUGUCAAGUAUUGGUAUUUGGAGGGAGGACGUAAAUACAAAGACCCUAUACCUUUGAUGGGUCGUAGUGCCAUAUUGGGAGAUUUACGCGACAAUGAUUUUUGUGCAGUGGCCUGUGGCAAAGGGGUCACCGCCGAAAGUGCAUAUGCCAUCACACGCCAGGGUCAUCUAGUGGAGUUUAGUUCGCGACGUUCGUUGGAUAAAUGGGUGCAGUGUCGUACCUCGAAUGCCAAUUGCAUAAGCGUCAAUGGACAAUUCAUAUUGGUGGGCUGUGCUGAGGCUAUCAUACGCAUAUUCAAUGCCACCACAUUGGAAUAUGUGACCACAUUGCCGAGAACACAUUAUUUGGGUGUUGAUGUUGCUCAGGGUAUACAUAUCAAUCAUAUAAUGGCGGUACCACCACAUGCUAAAUAUCCCGAUUGUAUUGCGAUGGCAUACGACGAGCAGAGGUCAAAGGUUACCUGUGUUUACAACGAUCACUCUCUGUACAUCUGGGAUAUGCGAGAUAUAAAACGUGUGGGCAAAUCACAUUCCUUUCUCUAUCACUCCACUUGUAUAUGGGGUGUUGAAACUGUGCCAUACAAUAUGGAACGUGAAAUGUCGCCCACUCUGCCCGAAGAUUCAUUUGUGACCUGCUCUUCAGAUGACACCAUACGCGUCUGGGGUCUAGAGGGCUGUGCCAACAAUGAAAUCUACCGUAAAAAUAUCUACUCAAAAGAAUUACUCAAAGUCGUCUAUAUCGAUGACGAAAUGAAUUUCAUUAAAGACUUGGAAGUUGUGAGCGACAAGAGUGCUCCCAUUUCCAAUUCAAGUUAUGAUGGACGCAAUGGUGUACGUUGCAUAAAGAUAAGUCCUGAAUUACAGCAUUUAGCUAGUGGUGAUCGCAGUGGUAAUAUACGCAUUUAUAAUUUAAACAAUUUAAAAUUGAUAACAACAAUAGAGGCUCACGAAUCGGAGGUUCUGUGUUUGGAAUAUUCAAAUGAGAAAAUCGAACGUAAACUGUUGGCUAGUGCCAGUCGUGAUCGUUUGAUUCACGUGUUUGAUGUGGCACAGGACUACAGACUGCUGCAGACCUUAGACGAUCACUCGUCAUCGAUAACAUCGAUUAAGUUUGUGGGAGCCGGUUUGAAUUUCCAAAUGAUAUCGUGUGGUGCUGACAAAUCGAUAAUGUUUAGAACAUUUCAGGGUAAUAUUUUCUUACGAGGUACUCAUACAUCUGGCAAAACUACUCUCUACGACAUGGAAGUUGACUCGAAUGCCAAACACAUACUCACGGCUUGUCAAGAUCGCAACAUACGGGUGUAUGGCACUCAAAACUCAAAACAUACCAAAACCUUUAAGGGUUCUCAUUCCGAUGAGGGUAGUUUGAUAAAGUUGAGCCUGGAUCCAAGUGGCAUUUAUGUGGCCACUUCUUGUACAGAUAAGACAUUGGCCGUCUACGAUUACUAUUCCAAUGAAUGUAUGGCUCGCAUGUAUGGGCACAGUGAAUUGGUGACAGGUCUAAAAUUCACCAACGAUUGUCGUCAUUUAAUAUCGGCAAGUGGUGAUGGUUGUGUUUUCAUCUGGCAAGUGCCACACGAUAUGAUUGUUACUAUGCAGGCUCGAUUAUCACAGCAGAGGCUACGUUCGGGUCAUGCUCCCAUACCCAGACCGUUGUCAGCUGCUUUGAUAGCGCCCGAAGGCAUAAUAGUGGAGUCUCCCACUCCCGAUAUAGAUGAUGCUCACAAAUUCUCUUUAUCGCCCAGUAUUUUGCAAGGUGAUGUGGUACCUUUGACGCCUGGUUAUAAAUUAUCAGAUGUUGGUCAAUUGCCUCAAUGGGCCAAACGGAAAGCCGGAGCAACUACAACUGCUCCAGCAGAUAAUGAACCAUCUGGCCUCAAUAUACCCUCCUCUGCUAAUUCAUCGUCAAUGACAAAUUUGAGCUCUUCACCCAGCCAGGCUGGUUUAGCGCAAAGACCUCGUAAUCGCUGGGCUCAACGAGGUCAGAUUGAUGCCGAUACCCUGACCGACAUACGUUCCAACUCGGAGAGUCCCUUGGGCAGUGUUUCGACGGCAGCCGGUAUAGGACCAGGGUUGCAUGGCAGCGGUUUGGGUAAUACACAGACAUCGGACUACAAUAGUGCUUCCUCCAAGGACAUCAUGUACAAUCAGACAUAUUUAAGUGAAGACUCAUCAAUAGAUUCAGGUAUGGAAACAAGGCGAGAAUUGAAAUUUAUAGGCAGUAAUAAUACUGGUACCGUACCCACCGUAACAGCCACUGUAGCGGGAGCAAAUCGUAGCUCUGCAACACUGGUGGCCGAUAAACGUAAGCCUGGUCUUCGUUUCGAUACCAUAUCCAAUAAUGAUCAUGAUGGCGACAUCGAGGAUAUUUCGGAUGGAGAGAGGACUAGUUCGGAUCAUGGAAUGUUCUACAACAACAUAUCACCAAGUACACCCACUGACUUCAAAGUAACCGCCAUAAAUGAAGAGGAAUUGCGAAAAUCUGUCAGACGACAGAAAUUCGAGAAAGCUGGCCUAACCUUAAGUGGUAAUGGUUCACACACAGCUAGUACUGGUACGGGCACAGGCACAUCGGAUACGGAAGAUGAGGGCUCGACACCCAGUGCUGAUAAUGCCGAUCGCUCAUUGGCAUCAACGCUGGGUGGCAGUUCAGAAAGUAUACCACAAGCAACGAGUAGCUUUCUGCAAGCCGCUCUACCCGAUGGUCCUGGUAAUCUGCUAGAAAGAGGCAGUACUAGUCGCCGCAGCAUAAGUGCCAAACAUAACAAUGAAUCAGGCAAACCUGGUAGUUCCGCCCCGCCAACUAUAACCAAAUCAUACACCAGCACUAAAAAAGAAGAGCUAUUGAAAGUCAUAAAUGAAGCUAAACAAAAAUUGGAAAAUGGUUCACGUAAAAAUGGUGUUAAAAAGUUAAAUGCCAUACCUGAGGUGGGCUAUCGUUCUUUGCGAGGUAGUCACAGCAUCUCAGAUUUAAGUUUGGCUGGCAAUUUAGAUGGUUCCCGUUCUGCUUUAUCAUCAGCAAAUCGUUAUGCUAAAACGGGUAAUCCCAAAAACAUACAUCCCAUGCCUGUGGAGGAAUCCUCGUCUAUACGGCGAGCGUGUUCUCUUAGUGAUUUACAUAUGGGCAAUAUGGGUAAAGGUGGCAAAUCAGCUAGUUCUUCCCAAAAAACGGGAGCUGCUCAUCGUAACAGUUCAGCAACCCGAUCAGCCAGUAAACGUAAUAGUCUGCAAAAUAAAGGUUCUUCCAAUAAUUUAAGUGCAAAUGCUUCAAUGGGUGUACUCAAUCAAAGUGAUUCAGAAACUGAAGCCAACAAUCGUGGCAGAUCUGGUUCAAAUGGCCAAAGUAGGACAAAUGGACCAACUGCUUCCAAUCGUCCCUAUAAUAAUACAAAAACUAAUGGUAAUAAUAACCGCCGUAAGGGGGCUCUUCAAACUAGUUUUAAUAAUGCACCUCCACAAGAUGACUCAAGCUCUGAAGAAACUCAGGGCAGUUCUUCCAAUACUAAACCUAUUGUGCCACCACGUCCUCGUAAUUUAGCUUUCGAUCAUAAGAGUAAAGUUGCUAACAGCCCCAAUGUGGUUAAACAGCGGGGCGUUUAUGAAGCUGUCGAAUUCGCCGAUUUAGAUAGUAAUGGAGAUCCUAAAUCUCAAGUUCAUAAUGUUAUUAAUAAACUGUAUACCACGACACAAACUGUAUUACAAUUGCAUGCUAAUUUACGCAAUUGUGAGGAUUCUUUGAUGCUAAAAGAAUUGGAGAAUGCUGUGAUUAUGACACAAAAUAUGUUAACAAAUAUAACACAAAAUAAAAAUGAUAAAAACAAUCAACAUCCCAAUCAUACGUACUCGACAACCGAACAAGCAAAUUUAGAAAAUGGUGAUUACAUGAUGAUGGUGAAUAAUUGUGCCGAUUUAUUAAGCAAUCUGCGUAUGAAGCACAAACCCGAUGACUGUGAGAAUAACUCCUAGUGUGUAAAUUAAAAAGAAAAGAAUAUUGUGAAAACACUAAUAAAUUUUAAAAAUACAUAAUUUAUAAAUUUUUGAACUUGAAAAACAAAUUACAUAUACAAAAUUUAAGCAAAAUUUUUUUGUGAAUUAUUUAAACUAUUGUAAAAUAUUUAACAAACAAUUAUACACACACACACAUAAAUACACAUACAAAACAAUUUAUUAUAAAUUAAAUAUUAUUUAACAAAAUAAAACAAAAAGAAAUAAACUAAAAAUAAAAUAAGUUUAAAUUAAGAGAAUAUUUAGAAGUCAAGAUGAAAAGAGAAUUACUUGAAUUGUGAGAAAAUACUUGGCGCUGGUAUUAUUUUUUUUUUUUUUUUUAAAUUUCUAAGGAAAAUUUUUCGAAAAAUAUAGGGAAUAAAAUUAAUAAUUCUCCUUAAGGUUAUUAUGGCAUUUGUUUAAUUUUUAAUACAAAAAUAAUAUACAUAUAUCUAAAUAAUAUUCUUUCACUUUUGAAUUGAAAUAAAGCGACGCUUGUUUGUUGUUAUAACACAUAAUCUUAAUUUGUUUUGUUAUAUUAAUUUUGUAAAACUUAGUUUAAUUAUUAAAACUAAACCUAAUUUCAAAUCAAGAAUUAUAAAAUCAAAAUUCAUGUUAACAGCAAGAAACGAGUAUAAUAGAUAUCAAUUACAUAUUUUGUUUGUGUGUAGUUUUUAAGUUUAGUUUAAACAAAUUUAAAUUAAUUUUAUUUAGUCUUAAAUGUUUCAUUAAUUAAUUAAACAAUAAUAAUAGUAGUAAUAAAUAAUAACGAGAUAAUAAAAAAAUUCUUACCUUUCAAUUAUUUUAUUUUUUAUUUUUGUUCUUUCUAUAAAUUGUUAAUAAAAUGGUUAAAGUAAUUAUUUGUUAUUUAAAAUAAUUUAGUUUUAUUAUUUGUUUUUUUUUUUUGCGCAAAAGAAAAACGCAAAUAUUUGUCCAACAUUAUUAUCUUUUAUUUAAUUUUAAUUCUUUGUGAAAAUACGAUAAUGCAGCGCCUUAUUAGUUUAUUAAGUUUAACAAAUAAUUAAAUAAACAAACAAAAUAUGGCCAAAUUGUAUUAACAACAAUUAUAAUUGUGCUUUAAAAAAUAUGUGGCAAAAGUUUGAACCUGUGGAAGGUGUUUGAGGGUCGGCCCUUUUGUAACGCCUCCAAAUGGUUGUAAACUCUAUUAAAUAACUUUUAUUGGUUAAAAGCUAAACGUUUUAUUUUUCUUACUUAUAUUACCUAGUGUUUACUAAUUAUUAAUUUAACACUGUUUCUAUGUUCUUGAAAAUUAUUCUCUUUUGUGGGAAAUAAUCAAACUAAUAGACUUAAUCCUAAAAAAAAUGAAAACAAAUAUUCAAACAAAAUAAAACAACAUCAAAUUUAAAUUAUAAACUAUUUCAUGUUUAAUGAUGUAUAAUUUAUAUGUAUUUAAUCAUACUCUAUCUACUACUACAAUACUACUUAUAUUAUAUUAAACAAACAAACAAACAACAAUUCUACUAAUAUUUAAAUUAUACUUUAACUAAAAUUUAUUAUUAUUAUAAUAAUUAUAAAAUAAUUUUAAAUUGUAUUUGAAAACAAACAAAAAAAAAACAACUAAUUUUAUUGAAACAAAAAAAAAACAAAAUAAUAUUUACAUAAAAAAAUCAUAUAAUAAAUAAUACAUUUUUUUGCAAAAAAUA